ACCGUUUCACCAUCUCCACGGUCACAACGUUUAUUAUACACACUCAAACUUCCAGACCCGUCUUCAACAGCCAGUGCCCAAGCAAACAGCCCGACACGACGCAAAACAAACGACUCACAACAUAAAAAACACGCAACUCCGUGACUUGAUGAAUCUCUUGCCAUAAAGUUUUGAUCUUGAUCAAGAAAUCAUGGGGUGUUACAGGAAAGCAAAACUAGCUCUUGAUGCUUUGACAAGCUACACGUCGAAGAUUGUUACAAGACCUUCAGUUGAAGAAUCAGCUUUCUCAAGAAUUUAUCAAGAUGGGUCUUUGAGUUCUGCUUCAAAUCCAGUUAAGUUUUCUGGGUUCUCAAAAAGUUGUAAUUUUUAUCAAAGAUUGGGGUCUGGUUCUCAAAUGGGUGUUAAUAAAAUUAAUUAUAAUCCUUUUCUUGGUAAUGGUAUUGGUGCAAAGAGAUUUUAUUAUGUUGAUAGGUAUCGUGUACAACAUUUUAAGCCUAGAGGGCCUAAGAGGUGGUUUAGGAAUCCAAGAACUGUUUUGAUUGUUGUUUUGGUUGGUUCUGGUGCUUUUAUUACUGUUUAUUAUGGUAAUUUAGAGACUGUACCUUAUACAAAAAGAAGGCAUUUUGUGCUUUUGUCAAAGACAAUGGAGAGGAAGAUGGGUGAGACUCAAUUUGAGCAAAUGAAAGCGGCUUUUAAGGGGAAGAUAUUGCCUGCAUUACACCCUGAAAGUGUUAGGAUGCGUUUGAUUGCACAGGAUAUUAUUGAUGCUUUGCAAAGAGGGUUGAAGCGUGAGCAAGUUUGGAGUGAUAUGGGGUAUGCAUCGCAGGAGAGUGAUAUGGCGCAUGAGGCAAGUGCUCAUGAGACUUUGAAGGCUUUGAGUGAGAGAGAAGAGAAAAUUGAGGGGAAGUGGUAUAAAGAAGAUGAAAUUCUUGAUGAUAAUUGGGUUCAACAAUGUAGAAAGAAAGAGAAAGGGUUGAAGGCAGAUGCUUCACAUCUGGAUGGAUUGAAUUGGGAGAUCUUGGUUGUUAAUGAGCCUGUUGUUAAUGCUUUUUGUUUGCCAGGGGGGAAGAUUGUUGUGUUUACUGGAUUGCUUGAGCAUUUUAGAACUGAUGCAGAGAUAGCUACCAUUAUUGGGCACGAGGUCGGGCAUGCUGUGGCACGACAUGCAGCAGAAGGAAUCACAAAGAAUUUGUGGGUUGCCAUUUUGCAACUCAUUUUGUACCAGUUUAUCAUGCCUGAUAUUGCAAAUGCAAUGUCGGUUCUGUUUUUGAGGCUACCUUUCUCCCGAAGGAUGGAGAUUGAAGCAGAUUACGUCGGGUUAUUAUUGAUGGCUUCUGCAGGAUAUGAUCCUCGCAUAGCACCUAGAGUGUAUGAAAAAUUGGGAAAGCUCACCGGAGAUUCAGCACUCAGAGAUUAUCUUUCUACCCAUCCAUCUGGAAAGCGGAGAGCUCAAUUGCUUGCCCAAGCUCAAGUCAUGGAAGAAGCACUUCAUAUUUACAGAGACAGGAUAGCAGGACGUGGGGGUGAAGGUUUUUUCCUUUAAAGCAGCACCAAUCUCCAGUAGGUAUACACUGGAAGUUGCAGCUGGGAAAGAACAGAGCCUCACUUUUGAUAUGCUUCUCUCUCACCUUACAGUGCAAGGCUAAGCUUGCGAGUUGAUCUUCUUUUCAUCCUGAACCCUUUCUUGUAUUUCUGGCAACUGUAAUUACCAUCCAUUACAUGAGGAUAAAUAGCUUUGUAUUGAUUCCUUACCUUUUCUUUGUGAUCUGAUAUAAGUUUCUUAUA